CCACCUCCCAAUCUACGGCCGAGCUGAUGGUCGCGAUGCGCCCAGAUUUGGUCAGGGAUUAUUGCCGCUGCUCUUUUUAACUAGAAAAUGUCCAGCGAAGGAUAUCCGGACCCGGAAAAUACCCUCGACUCGGCGUCCUCCGAAUCACCACCACCACCUCUUCCUACCCUCACAGACGCACCAAAAACAUUCUCCGGAUGCUGUCUGGGUCUGAGCUUACCCCUAUUGAACCAUGUCCAUAUGACUCUAUCCGCAGCCCCCGGGUUGGUCAUCUCUAUAGGCAGCGGAUAUGGCCUGCUUGAAGCUCUCCUUCUGUCACGGCCAUACAGUGUAAACAUCAUCGGCGUAGAAGUCCAGCCCAGCUCCAACCAAUACCUCCCACCUAGUCAUCAUCGCGUUGUAGCCGGUUCACGGUUUCUGGAUUCCUCUGCUCUAAAAUCGGCAGUAUGGUUGUUUGUGUAUCCCAAGAGAGUGGGGCUCGUGGGGGAAUACGUAAAGGCGUAUGGAAUGGGGCUUGUACAGAAAAUAAUCUGGGCCGGGCCGAAGCUUGAUUGGGACGACUACAGGCCUGUUUUCCUGGAUAAAUCUGCUGGUAUGAUCUGGCGCGUGGAGACGCGAAGCGCGGACGAGAUCGGAGGCCACGCAUGGGAGAUGCUUGCCAUUGCGACAAAACUGAGAAUCCCAUGAGACACUUUGGUCCAGGCCGGGUCCUUACUUCUGCCCUCUCAACAAGAUGCUUGAAACGAAUCCCAGCCCAGUGCCAGAUUUCUAACAUCUACGCAUGUAUACUUAUAACCUUCCAUCCUUGGGUUUGCUCUGCCAGGCCUAUGCGCUCCUUAGGAGAGGUCCCGAACGGGAGAAUCCGGUAAGUACUAAAUUACAUUCAAAUAUCACCCCUACCUGUCCUUCUACGAUCUCAGUCUGCUUUUCCUCCCUAUCUCUGUUUUAGUCCCUCCGCGUUGCUUUCUAUCUCCCUUUAAACAAGAAGAAGACUAGGCUGGUAUAGUCAUGAAGUAUAUCUUGAAUUUCGUGUCAUA